GUUGUUAGUGAGUUGGUUUGGACCAGUUUAAUUCAAAAGCAGAAUGAAGAGAUUCACUUGUUCAGUCGUUUUCGCAGUCCUUCUCCUAGGAAGCGCCCAUGGUAGCGGUAUUGAAGAGCAUGGAGGCAACGAUUUGGGUGGACAUGGCGGCUACGGCGAAGAAGGUCUUAGUGGAGGAGGCUACGAAGGAGCCGGAGAUGGAGGUUAUGGUGGAGGAGGUUACGAAGCUUCAUCCUCAGGAGGAGGCGACUCCAGCUGGCAACCUGUAGGAAUCCACGGCCAAGACGGAGGCGUAGAAGGCUUCGACCACCAACAACCCGAAGUCCAAGUGGAACACCAGCACAUCCCCACCAACAAAAUCGUCAAAGAAGAAUACUACCCCGUUCCAGUAGUCAAGAAGAUCGGAGUCCCCAUUCCUCACGCCGUUGGAGUUCCCACACCUCAAGCCAUCAAAAUAGGAGUACCUCAGCCUUACGGAGUUCAAAUCCCGGUACCUCAGCCCAUUGCUGUACCAAUCUAUAAGCUGGUACCUCAAGAAAUCGAGAAGAGAGUCCCUAUUACCGUUGAAAAGCUUGUUCCGAUCUAUAUUCCCAAACCUGUCAAGAUCGAAAUCGAGAAGCAUCAUGUAGAAUACAUUAAGAAGCCUUAUCCAGUUCAUGUUCCGGUAUAUAAGCAUGUUUACCAAGAGUCACAUGGUCACGGAGGUCAUGGCGGACACUAAUAUAACACUAUCAACUUUUGAUUUGGACUGAUAUCCCUCAUUUUGGAGAGACUGUUAAUGAAUUACUUGUUCAUAUUUCCUCCUUGUGAUUUUUCCUAGUUAUUUUAUUAUUUCCCAUAUGACGUUUCCUUUGAUUUUCAUUUUUUUACUUCCUAUUUCCUCAUUGAAUGACUAUGAUGUAUGAUGUAUUAUCUCCUUGCGUCGAGACUUAAUGUUAUUGUAAAUAUGUUGUUGCCUAGGUAUUUAAGUUUUUUAUUGUUAUCUUUAAUAAAAAAAUAUACCAAUUAAUAUGUA